UAGCUUAAAGCGCGAUGACGCAUCGAUUAGAUUAAUUGGGCUGAUGCAUGCCAUGUGACGUUUGAUUCUCGAUCUCCUAGCAGCUGAUUCUCUUUUCCGACGUGUUGCUUAGGAGCCAGUUAAAAUUCCCUAUAAUGGAUCUCCAACGUCGCGUCAUAUUCUGAUCCUAUGUGAAAACUGGGAAAACGAGCGUUAAACUCAACGAAAAGCGGUGAGUAGACUAUAAUUUAAAACACCUUCGAUGUUGUUUUAGUUGUGCAAACUAACGGACUACGUAGUAGUCUGUUUGCAAACAGACCACCGAGGGCACGACGUGUUUCGAAGGCAGGUUAUUUUAUGUAAUGCUGUGAUCCGAUGAGAUUCGAUUCGAUUCUAUUGAAAGUGGUGUUUUCAAAUUACGUUAAUGAACAAAUUUUCACGUUAUUUAGGGCGUUAUUGUUGACAGGACUAUCUGGAGUUUACUGAUUUGAAUAUAUCGUUGUAAAUAAGGAACCACAAUCUUAGUUUGUUAUUAAAACUGAGUGCAAUACAGUGGCAAGACAAAAGAUAAUUUCUGUCGGAUAUUUCUUCCGCUCUUAGCUAAACUUUGAAGUCAGUUUUAAAUCAUAGUCUUUUUUAACAAGGGUACAAAUGGCGGACAAAUGGUAAUUUAAUGCCAAUCAGACAAUUUCAUUACUGAUUAUGUUUACAAAAGCAUGGAAUUGAUUUAAAAGGCCAUUGGAAUAUUCGUGCAAAAAAUUGUACUUUGUAAACGUGCUGAGGAAAACGCUUAUAUGUGUUGACGCUUAUAUUGGCUGCACAAACGAGCUUGGAUUGAGUAACGGCCAUACAUAUUGGCGCGUUUAUUCCCAACGGACUUUUCUAACGAUAUUUUCCGACCAAGUUCAAAGACAGUAAUCGCAGCUAAUAGAAUUUUGCAUUUAAACUAAGCAAAAACGAGGGUAAUAAAGUUUACAUAAACGUUCAAGCCAUGUACGUUCUACAAGUUAUUCUAAGAAACUGACGUUUAGAUUUUUUGAAUUGAACUAAUAGCAUUACAAAACCGCCAAAUGAAAAUAGAACGUAUGCUUAGAUAUUCCUUUGUCUUAAAUGCAAAUAACUAAUGCAGGCCUUCAUUUGACGCGAAAGUGAAAGGCACGAAAAAGUUGGCGGGGCAGUUUCCUGUUUUCGUGUUCGCACUUUCUUAGCCUGCGUAGCAGGCGUCGAAAGGGGUAGUGGGUAGGGGACCCGACUAUCUCGGAGCCUGGAACAGGCUACUUGUUGACCAGUACAAAUUGAAAAUGAGCGAAGGUUACAAUGUAUCAUCGUAUGUCGAUUGCGUCUAACCCCAUGAAAACUGAAUGUGUUUAGUCUCGGGCUUAGUAUUGCGUCCACAACUGAAAGUUCGUAAACACUGGCGGCUCCAGUGGAGCCCCCACCCCGCCCCCGCUUAUUUUUAGACCAAACUGAGGCCUGAAGGGCCGAAAAAUGUUUUUCAGACUGCCCCCCACCAACCCCCUUAUAUCAGGGUCUGGAUGCCAUGUCUUCAUGUGUUCCAGUUGUGGUACACAUGCUUGUUGCAUUGAAUAACCGUUAACUUAAAAUGCUUCACCGGCUCCACAUUCUUGAACAAAACACUAUCAUCUUAUGCAAACUCUUUGUUAAAAGCCGUGUCAUCCUUCUGUAUGUAGUUCUCUACCAGGUCAGACACAUAAUGCCCAGAGAUUUGAGGGUUAUACUUAGUAUACUUUUCAGCGUCACACUAAAAAUCAUAGCGUUAUGCUGAAAAUUCCAGGAAAAUUCAGUGCUGGAGUCGCAGCUUUAUGGUCAACUGAUGCUGGAGAAGUUUUAGCCAUUUUCCUGCCCCUGCCAAAGAAAUACGUUAGGAACACAUCGAAAAAUGUUUCUAGUACGAUACAAGCACCAAGAAAAGUUUCAGGAUUCUUAGAUCUUCCCCGGUUAAGUUGGCUCUCUGGAACUAAUGAAACUUAUUUCAAUUCAGUUUUCAUUUAUCUCUUGUAAAACUGCAGCAUGAGUGAGCACUCAUAGGCUAAUAGACGUUUCUCUGAAAUCAAAGAAAGAUAACUUUUGUAGCAUUAUCCUAAGACAGAAUAAGGUGUCUAACCCUAGCACUCCGUAUCGAUAGCAUGCAUAUGACAAGGAUCAUAAAGGAUCUGGGGAGGAGAUUCAUUGUUCCACAUCACUGAAGAGAACAUUAAAGCCUCCAUACGUAUUUGAAAUCAAUUUCGGUAACGGACGCUUGAGAAGUUGGUGAUCCUUGACUACCAUUAUAGUCGAAAAGCGGAAGCCUGAGAGCACCGGAAGGAAGCGAGUAAACCAGUCAACUGGGUCCUUUGCUCAGUCGAGUAUUGGCCUAAGUAUUGGCCAAGACUACGAGUAGUCCCCAUUUUUCCUCGGGGAUAGCAGAGCGAGUCUAACGCGAGCGCGUGAGAAAAUCACCCCACGCGAGAAAGGCGAGACGCGGCAGUGAGAGAGAGACCGAGUCUCACCUUUCUCGCGUGGGGUGAUUUUCACGCGCGCUCGCGUUUCGCUCGCUCUACUAUCCCUGAGGAAAAAUGGGGACUACUCGUAGUCUUGGCCAAUACUCGACUGAGCAAAGGUCCCAGUUGACUGGUUUACUCGCUUCCUUCCGGUGCUCUCAGGCUUCCGCUUUUCGACUAUAAUGGUAGUCAAGGAUCACUACAUAAAUGUUUAUUAUUAUUAUUAUUAUUAUUAUUAUUAUUAUUAUUAUUAUUAUUGUUAUUACUAUUGUUAUUAUUAUUAUUAUUAUUAUUAUUAUUAUUAAAACCUGGACGCAGUGCGCGUCAACUGACCCACUAAGAAUAGGUUUGCGCGCGGACCUUCAAACUUUGAACAGACAACGAUCUGUUAUCUGUUUGAAAGCCGAACGCAAGGAAAAUAUCGCCGCAUCUCUCACUGUUUGUAUAACCUGUGUUACUAUAAUUUGUCUUUAUAGCAAAAUUGUGCACUAUAAAUGUAUUGCGAGUAAUAGUUGAAUAAAGCGGGCAAAAAACAUCACCUCGAACUUUUCUGUUGUUAGUGACACAGCAGGGAUAGCAAAGUAUCGGAAAGAAACAAGCCUUUUUCUAAAGCUGCUACAUUUUAUAUUGUUCCGACACUUACCCAUUUUUAUAUUUCUUUUUUCCUUAGUAUCAAGUAACAAGGGAAAAGGUCGGAACGUAAAAUGGCCACGUUCGCAGCCAAGUAUCUUGUAUCAAGCGCCGCAAGUGGAGUGAGCAACCGAGUAGGCGAGUUGAGUGGAGAUAUCGGAAAACAGCUGAGCACGGAGAACUUGAGUAAAAAAGAUCUGGAUCGAGCAGAAAAAGAACUGUACAAGGAAGAGACCUCACGCAAGAAGAAACACCUAAAAAUGGAGGCAUCUAGGGAAAAACUUAGGUCUGACAUAAGAGGAAAGUAUGGAAUUACAAAGAGAAAAGGACAUGAACCUGUCGAAAGCCACAGUGGUAUUUUAAUGCCGAGAAGCGAAAAAGAACGUCUUUUGGCGGCCGAAAAUCAUGCCGACGAAGAAGAUGAUUGUGAGUGCAGUUCUUGUUGUCCAUGGACUUCAUGCUUUCCUUGUUUUAAAUUCAACAAUCACAAGGAUUCAUGACGUGAUAAUAUGUUAAAAGAGAUUUCGGAGUUUCUACAAUGUCAUUGUCCAGUAUUUAAAUGAUUGUGAUUUAAGUAAUUGGUCGGCCAGGCUUUUCUAUUAUUUGAUUGAACUUCUUGAUUGACCAAUGACUGAGGUUAAGCCAAGUACAUAUCAGGGUGUUACAGACCAUAGACUACAAACGACCCCGCUUCUUCCGUCGAGCGAAAGCCAGCUCGCGCGACCAGCAACGCGAGAUGGGAGGGACUGACGCCCUUGCUUCUCACGGUCAGCCGGCAAGCCACUCAAUUAACUUGAAUGAAAAAUAACAGACCACUCAAAUUCUAUUCAGAGUCCAUUUGCGUUUUCCAGGUAGCCUGUGAACAGGCUCUCUGUUUGGGGUAAGAGUGAAAAAAUCGCGAGGAAAAAAUCUCCUCGCGAUUUUUUCAAGGCCUUCAGAUUGUGGGAACGCAGGGCAAAGAGAUGUAAGCAUGCAAAAAAAACAGCGAGGGGUUUGGGCAUGGGGCGAGAGCGAAGGAACAGUCCUCUCUCCAGUCUCCCUCUCAUCCUUCUUAUUUUUCCCGCUCUCUAACUCGCACACCACUAUUAGGGGUAUAGAAUGGUAAAUUCGAGACUUUGCGAGACUGCGAGACCCGGGUUUCCAACUUCGAGACUCCAAGACGCACAAUCACCCGAAAAUGAGACUUCGAGACCCAUCACAAACGCUUCCGAGAUUUCUCAAAAAAGUUACCAAAACGAUCAUUAUUUUUGCAGAGUCUGUGGUUGAAGGUUAAAGUGUACAGGAAAAUAAGAUCCACAUCAUCAAACUUACUUUGUAGAAACAAAAGGAAAAAAAAGCCAAUUUACAUGGUGAUAUUCUCAAACCAUUUUUAUCGAAAC